GUGGCGUCUGUGGAGAUUCAGCCAUGAUGAAGUUUGUGGUUCUUGCUCUGUUUGUCGCUGGCGCCUACGGGUGCGGAUUGCCCACCUUCCCCCCUGUGUUGACUCGGGUGGUUGGAGGAGAGGAUGUCAGGCCUCACAGCUGGCCCUGGCAGAUUUCCCUGCAGUACAACAGCGCGGGUGAGUGGAGACACACAUGUGGAGGCACUCUGAUUUCUGACCAGUGGGUCCUCACUGCUGCACACUGUAUCAGCUCCAGCAGGCAGUACAGAGUGGCCUUGGGAAAGCACAACCUGGUAGAGCCAGAGGAGGGCGCUGUGUUCAUGGGCACCUCUAACAUCAUUGUGCAUGAGGACUGGAACUCCUUUUUAAUUCGCAAUGACAUCGCCCUGAUCAAACUCGAGGCCCCCCUUGACUUCUCUGACACCAUCAUGGCUUCCUGUCUACCCGAGGCCGGCUACAUCCUCCCCCAUGAUGAACCCUGCUACGUCACUGGGUGGGGUCGCCUCUACACCGGAGGUCCCAUUGCUGACAUCCUUCAGCAGGCUCUCCUGCCAGUGGUGGACCAUGAGACCUGCAGUAAAUUUGACUGGUGGGGAAGUCAGGUGAAGGAAACCAUGGUCUGUGCGGGUGGAGACGGAGUUGUGUCUGGCUGCAACGGAGACUCUGGCGGUCCUCUGAACUGUCGGAAUGCUGAUGGAGUCUGGGAGGUUCAUGGUAUUGUCAGCUUUGGCUCUGGGCUCAGCUGCAACUUCCCCAAGAAGCCCACCGUCUUCACCCGGGUCUCUUCCUACAUCGACUGGAUCAGCUCUAAAAUGGUGGCCUACUGAGAGCACGGCCUUGUGGGACGACAGACACGAUAUGCGCAUACUGAAAUAAAGAUGGAUAGCCACAAAAUGUUUUUAAAAA